UUUUUUCCUACAGCACCACAAGCAAAUUAUAUACAAUUUGAUAAUGACGUCAUCAAGCGCCUUCCAGGACAACCAAUAGCUACUUUCCUUAUUGAAAAGUCGGCAACAGUGGUCCCACGGGACUUGAGUUCAUAUAGAAACGGGCAACUGCACAGAACUGCACCUGCAAAGUACAGCGUCCUCUGUGUCAUACAAAUCGAUCAAUCCAUGAAGCGUCUCAGAGACAGGAGUGAUGAGGAGGCGGUCCAGCAAAAUGGUACUCCAGACCACAGCAGUGAAGACCAAGAGCAGAGCAAUGGAGCAUCCUCUGUCGGGUCAACAGACGUGCAAGAUGGCGACAAUGACACAGACCUCAGGAAGGACAUAAGGAGCAAGUACAGAGACCUCAUCGAGUCAGUCCAACGAAAUAGAGACGAUAUACUGAGCCCCUUCAAUAAUAAGCUUAUAGAUGUUUUGGAGGAGGCAAAUACACUUUUUGAAAACGUACGGCAAACAAGAGAAGCGGCGCUGGAUGCCAAGUUCCUUGUUGUGGCCACAGACCUGGGGCAGGAGAAGGCCAGCCAGCUGGUCGCUGAGGGCACUGCUUUUGACACCAGUGCUUUUGCUGAGCAUCUGCUGUCCUUUAUGGGUCUCAACCGUCUCGAAAAUGGGAGGGAAGAGCAGGAAAGAGAUCAAGUGGAAGGCUACCUGCCCAGCGACGCCUGGCACCGAUUGGCCAAGAGAGCAGAGAGCUGUUUUUUGACGGCGCCCACCUUCCACUACAUGAUGGGUUCAUUCCAUGCUGAGCCACCGCCUCCGAAGCAAAGGAUAGAAAGACAAAGGAAGGCGCCCAGUGCGGAAGCAAAAAGGAUCAUGCCCACUCAGUUGAAAAAAAUGGAAGAGUCCCAGCAAGAGGCCACAGAAAAAGAGGUGGAAAGGAUCCUGGCCUGCUUGAAGAGUUACCAUCAAGACGAUCCAUCGUCGCCAAUAUCAUAUUACGAGUUUGUUAUUGACCCCAACUCAUUUUCACGGACAGUAGAAAACAUUUUCCACACGUCUUUCCUUAUCAGGGAUGGUUUGGCACAGAUGUGUUUGGAUAGUUCCAAGUUGCCUUGUAUCGCUCCUGUAGAAGAAAUGGAAAUGGAAGCUGGAGGAUCAAGCAGACAAAAUCAGUGCAUUAUUUCUAUCAGCCCAAAGUCAUGGAAGGAGCUUGUAGAUGCCUUCGACAUCACAGAAGCCAUGAUUCCACCUAAAAUAAACACAGAGACUGGGUGAUUGGCCUCACUUUUUUUUUUAGGUAUUUCUUCACCCCAGCAGGUGAAGACUGCAUGUCAACUCUGUGGAAUACAUACGUAUCAAUGGACAUGCUAUGCUAGGACGGGAGAGAAAGUAACGCUGUGCGAUUGUGAGGUCUGAUCUUCUUUUGAGAAGGCAAUUUUGUGAUGCAAAUGUAUGCCUCUUUUGAACUGGUAUGGUUUUGAGAAGCCAAAAUCAUUACUUGGGUGGUCCCGCAUAAGUGGGGUAAGUCACCGUUGAUGCACUUCUGGUGGGGAUGUCAAAAAAAUCCAAAAUACCCUUUAAGUAUUUUACUUUAUGUUUUUAGUAUUUUCAAUAAUAAAAGCCAAGGAAAGUGAUCAAAACAUUAACUCUGUUUUGAUUUAAUGUGAAUGGGGUAGACUUACUUUCAGACUUUUCUUUCAACAGUAUACAGUUCUGGGAUAAAUUCUUGGAUAAUUGAGAUGCAAAAAUAUUUAAAAAUACCUGAUUUUUUUAUUUUAUUUUUUUAGGUUCGCAACAAACUUUUGUUAUAUUUGCAGAAUAGUUGUAGUUGUUUCCAUGA